AUGGCUCAGAAGAUUAGAUCUGCAGAAGGUCUCUUGCGUCAGGUCGUACCUAAGGGUGAACCGAUAUUGCCAAAGGACGGCGAGAAAAACGUUCUUAUCACGUCUGCUUUACCGUAUUGUAAUAAUGUACCACAUCUUGGGAAUAUCAUCGGAAGCACACUGAGUGCUGACGUGUUCGCGAGAUACAAUCGAACACGAAAUCGACGUACACUGUACGUUUGUGGUACGGAUGAGUAUGGGACGGCAACGGAGACGCAAGCUUUGAAGGAAGGGAUCACGCCGAAAGAGCUUUGCGAUAAGUAUCAUUUGUUACAUCGGGCAACAUACGAUUGGUUUGAGAUCGCAUUUGAUCAUUUUGGGAGAACAACGACACCACAGCAUACAGAGAUUUCCCAAGGAAUUUACAAGAAUCUGAGCAAGAAUGGUCUUCUUUCGAAACAAACGAAAGAGCAAACUUAUUGUGAAGGGUGUCAAAAAUUCCUUGCCGAUCGUUUCGUCGAAGGAACUUGUCCUCAUUGCGGAGCUGAUGACGCACGAGGAGAUCAAUGCGACGUCUGCAGUCGCACCCUCGACGCUAUCGAACUCAUCAAUCCACGAUGUCUCGUCAACAAAGAGCACAAAGUAGUAGCUCGUGAAUCUGCGCACAUGUAUGUACGGCUCGACUCGGUACAACCGCGCACGGAGGAAUGGAUAAAACGAUCGUGGAAAGCUGGCGGUUGGUCAGCAAACGCGGUGAUCAACAGUGAUGGCGUCUUGGUUGAUGCUCGAUUGAAGGGUGGAUUACGACCGAGCCCUGUUACGCGAGACUUGACGUGGGGUGUGCCCGUUCCCGAUAUUGAGGGUGCGGAUAACCAAGAAAUGAAGGGGAAAGUUUUAUACGUUUGGUUCGAUGCACCCAUUGGAUACCCAAGUAUCACCGCUAACUAUACCCCGGAAUGGGAAAAAUGGUGGUUCAAUCCAGAACAUGUUCGUUUAUACCAGUUCAUGGGCAAGGACAACGUAUACUUCCAUACCAUCUUCUUUCCGUCGAUUCAACUAGGAGAUGGAAGAGACUGGACGUUGCUGCACCAUCUUUCCACCACAGAGUACCUUAACUAUGAAGGCGGGAAGUUUUCGAAGAGCCAUAAUCGUGGCGUCUUUGGGCCUGCAGCGAAAGAGACGGGAAUCCCUGUGUCUGUCUGGCGAUACUACCUGUUAUCUUCACGACCUGAAACUCAGGACGCCAUGUUCUCAUGGGCGGAAUGUAUUGCCGCAAACAACAACAUUCUCUUGAAGAACUUCGGAAACUUCGUUAACCGAGUUCUAACUUUCGUCGCGAAGAAUUAUGAUGGCAUCCUUCCUGACGGCGGUGAUUCGGAAGGUCCUAUAUCACCCAAUGGUGAGCACGAUGCGGACUUCGUUUCGGACGUCAACAGUCUCUUGCAACAAUACAUCGACGCACUAGAGUCUGUAAAGUUACGUUUGGGCUUGCACAUCAUCAUGCAAAUAUCCUCUCGCGGCAACCUUUAUCUCCAAUCCUCCGGUCUAGGUUCCGCGUUGAAAGACUCCAGCCCGAAGCGAUGUGCCCAGGUACUCUGCCGCGCAGUGAAUCUUAUCUACAUACUUUCUGUGCUCGUGGAACCAUUCAUGCCGGCAACCGCCAAGGCCAUCUUGGCGCAGCUCAACGCGCCGCAACGUACAGUACCAGAGGCACUUGGCAUUGAUAUCUUACCUGGUCACACGCUAGGGAAGCCUGCUCAUCUGUUCAAACCCAUCAAGGAAGAGAUGGCAGAGACUUGGCGGGCGCAGUUUGCUGGGACGAAGAAGGACCAGACGGGGAAUGGGCCAUUGCCCUCUGAGGCGGCUCCGGCUCCGGCACUUUCGAAGCGUAAAGCUGCAGCCGCAGCGAAAGCAGCUGCGAAGAAGAAUGAGGAGUAUACUGGCCCGAAGACACCUGAGAUCGUCGCGCUUGAGACGAAGAUUGCUGCCCAGGGCGAUCUAGUUCGGACACUGAAGGCUGAGAUGCCGAAGACGAAGGAGAUAGACGACGAAUUAGUUGCUGCCGUAGAGGAGUUGAAGAAACUCAAGACUGACCUUGCACAAGAGAUAAAGAUUUUACAAGCGGCUUGA